UGCUGCUGCUUUUGCUGCUGCUGACCGGCCGGCCGGCGAGAGCGGGGGUUGCGCUGGCCCCGCACCGGCGUACAGCCAACCAUGCAGUGCGCGCUCUGGCUGCUCGGGCUCGCGUGUCACCUCUCAGCCGUGUUGGGCAUGAUUUCACCGGAGUACCGACUGCACCCCCAGCAAGAGACCUUCAUCAGACAGCUGUCAUCCUACGAGAUCGUCACCCCGCAGCGCGUCAACGACUUCGGCGAGACUUUCGCGCACGCGCUGCACUACCGGCGAAGGCGGCGGAGCGCGCGCGCCGCGGUGCCCGUCUCGCGCGCGCACUACCGCGUGGACGCGUUCGGCCAGCGCUUCCACCUGAACCUGACGGCGGACUCGGCGUUCAUCGCGCCCUCGUACGCGGUGACGCACCUGGGAGCGCGGCGCGCCAACGGGAGCGAGCCUCGGGGAGGCGCCGGCAGGGACAUGAGGCACUGCUUCUUCUCCGGACACGUGAACGGGGAGCCCGAACACAGGGCUGUGUUCAGUUUAUGCACUGGCCUUAUCGGGACGUUUACAAGCCAGAGCGGGGAAUACUUUCUGGAGCCGCUGAUGAGAGCGGAGGGGGAUGAUGAGUAUGAUGAAGAGCACAACAAGCCCCAUCUGGUUUACAGGUAUGAGAGGAAGAAGAGGAGCACCUUGGAGGAGCCGUCCGAGCCGUGUGCAACCCCAGAUAUCCGCUGGAGAAAGCCGAUUGAUCUCAGGGCCGGCGGAGGCAUCGGGGAGGAAGUGCGUGCAGCGCAGACGGUGGUCGACCCCCAUCUCUCCGAGCAGGGCUCUCCAGAUCGCCGCCGUCGCCGCAGGUCUCGGUCACGGCGGAAGAGGUUCCUGUCCUAUCCUCGCUAUGUUGAGCUGAUGGUGACCGCAGAUGCCAAAAUGGCACGGCACCACGGGCCCAACUUGGAGCACUACAUCCUUACAAUCAUGUCAGUAGUCGCUGCCGUCUACAGAGACCCCAGUGUGGGAAAUCUGAUCAAUGUCGUGAUUGUUAAGUUAAUUGUUAUUCACGAUGAGCUGGAUGGACCGUCCAUCAGCUUCAACGCUGCUACCACCCUCCACAACUUCUGCGUGUGGCAGCAAACGCAGAACGUCCCGGAUGACGACGACCCCUCCCACCACGACACCGCCCUCCUCAUCACCAGGGAAGAUAUCUGCCGGGCGAAAGACAAGUGCGACACCUUGGGUCUAGCAGAGCUGGGGACUAUGUGUGACUCCUACCGGAGCUGUUCCAUCAGCGAGGAGAAUGGUCUCAGUGCCUCCUUCACCAUCGCGCACGAGCUUGGCCACGUGUUCAACAUGCCCCACGACGACAGCCCCAAAUGCAAGGAGGCGGGGAUGAAGCAGCAGUAUCACGUCAUGGCGCCCAUGCUCAACGACGAAACCAGCCCGUGGUCCUGGUCCAAGUGCAGUCGCAAGUACAUCACCGAGUUCCUCGACACCGGCUACGGGGAGUGUCUCCUGGAUGAGCCGACCAGCAGACCCUACCACCUGCCCCCCCAGCUCCCCGGGCAGCUAUACAACGCCAACCGCCAGUGCGAGCUUACCUUUGGCCCUGGAUCCCAGGUCUGCCCGUACAUGAAACAGUGCAAGCGGCUCUGGUGCACCAGCACCGAAGGGGAGCACAAGGGCUGCCGCACACAGCACAUGCCCCUGGCCGACGGAUCGGACUGCGGCCAUGGAAUGCACUGCAGACACGGACUGUGUGUGAACAAGGAGGUCGAGAUGCAGCCUGUCCACGGAGAGUGGGGCCCCUGGGGACCUUACAGCGCCUGCUCCAGAACCUGUGGGGGUGGCACCAGGAGCACAUCAAGGGACUGCAACAGCCCAGAGCCCAGAAACGGGGGAAGGUUCUGUGUGGGUCGGAGGAUGAAGUUCCGCUCCUGCGACACGGAACCGUGCCCGCGGGGGCGGAGGGAUUUCCGGGAGGAGCAGUGCGCGCAGUUCGAUGGGCGUCACUUCAACAUCAACGGCCUGCCGCCCAGCGUCCGCUGGGUGCCCAAGUACAGCGGAAUUCUGAUGAAGGAUCGCUGCAAGCUCUUCUGCAGGGUGGCCGGCAAGGCGGCGUACUACCAGCUGCGGGACCGCGUCAUCGACGGCACCCAGUGCAGCCCGGACACCGACGACAUCUGCGUGCACGGACUGUGCAGGCAAGCGGGCUGCGACCACGUGCUGAACUCCAAGGCCAGGAACGACAAAUGUGGAGUGUGCGGUGGGGACAACUCCUCGUGCAGAACUCUGGCCGGAACCUUCAACAACGCGCAGUACGGGUAUAAUGUGGUAGUGCGGAUUCCAGCGGGAGCCAACAACAUCGACAUAAAGCAAGUGAGCUACUCGGGAAAACCGGAGGACGACAACUACCUGGCUUUAUCUGACAGCCAGUCAAAUUUCAUCCUCAACGGGAACUUCGUGGUGGCCAUGUUUAAAAGGGAGAUCGCGUUUAAGGGGGCCGUCAUCGAGUACAGCGGCUCGGACACUAAAGUGGAGCGAAUCAAUUGCACCGACAGGAUCGAGGAGGAACUCGUCCUGCAGGUGCUGUGCGUUGGCAAUUUGCACAAUCCCGAUGUGCGGUACUCCUUCAGCGUCCCCAUCGAGGAGCACCUUGAGCACUUUGUGUGGAGUCCGUCCAGCUCGUGGCAGGAAUGCAGCCGAAUCUGCCAGGGUGAGAGGAAGCGCAAGGUGGUGUGCCUGAGAAAGAGCGACCAGCUCGUGGUCUCGGACCAGCGAUGUCACCACUUGCCUCGCCCCGGUGCCAUCACUGAGCCGUGCAACAGCGACUGCGAGUUCAGGUGGCACGUGGCUGGGAGGAGCGAAUGCUCGGUAAGGUGUGGCCCUGGGCACCGGACCUUAGACGUCCAGUGCGUGAAGUACAGCCAGGCGAGAAGGAUGAGCGAGCGGGUGGAGUCUAGUGCAUGUGGGGCGGAGCCCAAGCCCCCGGUGCGGGAGCCCUGCCAUGGAGACUGCCUGCUCCAGAGCUGGCACUACGGAGCCUGGUCCCAGUGCUCUAAGACCUGUGGCCGAGGCACCCGGACCCGGGACUCAUACUGCAUGAACAACCUGGGCCGUCGGCUGGUUGACCGCGAUUGCACCCAGUUCCCUCGCCUGGCCACCGAGCCCUGCGGAGACGUGGCCUGUCCCGACUGGCUCACCGGCGAGUGGAGCGAGUGCCUGGUGACCUGCGGGAAGGGUGUGCGGCGUCGCGAUGUCUCCUGCAGCCUGGUCCACGAGAGGGUGAACGAGCAGCUCUGCGACCUGGCCGCCAAGCCUCCCACAGUGAGAGCGUGUCAGCUUCCCGAGUGCGUCUCCUGGCAGGUCGGCCCGUGGGGCUCGUGCACGGUGACCUGUGGCCGCGGCUACCAGAUGCGCGCCGUCCGCUGCGUGUCGGGGUCCUACGGACAGACUGUGGACGACCGGGAGUGCAACGCAGCUGCCAGACCCAGGGACAGCCAGGAGUGUGAGCAAGCCUCCUGUCCUCGUGCGGACCCCACACUCAGCGCUCUUCAGCCCGCAGACCACGGACCCCUCGCUGCCCAGUGGCGAUAUGGAUCUUGGACCACGUGCUCCGUGUCCUGUGGGAGUGGGAUGAGGGCUCGCUACGUUAGCUGUCGGGACACCCAGGGCGGCGUGGCGGACGAGUCCUUCUGCGCACACCUGCCCCGGCCCCCAGAAUCCUCUACGUGUUUCCAUGCAUGCGGCCAGUGGCGUGCGGGGGAGUGGUCUCCGUGCUCCGUAACCUGUGGUGUCGGGCGCUCCACCCGCCAAGUGGUUUGCAGUUCCUACCACCACCAGGUGGAGGCAGACAUCUGUGACCCUGGCGAACGCCCCAGCUCGGAGCAAGACUGCUCCGCUGUGCCCUGUCAGUCUGUAUACCACCCUUACGACCCCGGCAGUCACCCCGGCCACAACAGCUGGAACGUACCGUCUGCAAGCAACCAGUGGAGAACAGGCCCGUGGGGCGGGUGCUCCAGCACGUGCGCCGGAGGCUUCCAGCGGAGAGUGGUGGUCUGUCAGGACGUGGAAGGCCACUCCUCCAGGUACUGCGACGAGCGAGUGAAGCCGGCCGAGACCAAAAGCUGUGACUCUGGCUCGUGUCCUCAGUGGAACUACGGCAUCUGGGGAGAGUGCACUCAGACGUGUGGCGGCGGGAGACGCACGCGCCUCGUCAUCUGCCAGUGGACCAACAGCCAGAGGCUGAGCGACCAUAGCUGCGACAUUCUGGAACGGCCACCAGACGUGGAGCAGUGCAACACGCAUCCCUGCCCGGGUGGAGCCUCGUGGCACCGGCAUCCGUGGAAACCGUGCUCCGUGACUUGCGGCAGGGGCGUCAAGAGCCGGGAUGUCUCCUGCGUGGAUGAGCAUCAGGUGCAUCUGGAGGAGGAGCGCUGCACCCACGAGCCACGGCCGCAGACCCGGAAGCCCUGCCGCACUCAAGGAUGUCCCCAGUGGAAAGCCAACCGGUGGAGCGAGUGUUCCGUGAGCUGUGGAACGGGGGUCCGGAGCCGGGAGGUGUAUUGCAGGAUGAAGGGCUCUGGCCGGGUUCCGGAGGACCUGUGUGACAGAAUGGCGCGCCCCGCCGACACGCGGGAAUGCCUUGCGCCCGGAUGUCUCCAGCAUGUGUGGGCGGUGGGCGAGUGGCGGGAUUGCAAUGCCACCUGCGGAGACGGGGUGAGACGCAGAGAUGUCGUGUGCGUCAAUACGGCUGGAGAUCACGUCAGUCAGAGCCUCUGCAACUCGUCCAGCAGACCCCUGCUUCAGGAGCCUUGUCAGAAGCCGCCCUGCAUGUACACGUGGAGGACUGGAGAUUGGUCCCAGUGUUCGGCCAGCUGCGGCCCAGGGUACCAGCAGCGAAUGGUCUCCUGCUCCGAGAUUCAUUCCUCCCGGGACCUUCGCUCAUACGUGGAGAGAUCCCCGCCCCACCCCCGGUGUCCUACACCACAACCCCCGGCCAUCCGGGCAUGCCUGCCGAGGGAGUGUCCCCCAAACGCAUCCUGGGAAGUGGGCCCCUGGAGUAAGUGUUCGCAGAGCUGCGGGGCUGGAGUCAUGCGGAGGAGGGUGGAGUGUCUCACAGCCAAAGGCCUCCUGUCCGACAGCUGCAUUCCAGCGGAGAAACCAGAAUCGAGGGCUACGUGUCGAGAGAGGGAAUGUGAAGUGUUCACCACCUGCAGAGAGGUUCAGCUGAAACGAGGUGCGAGGAAGGACGGUGAAUACUAUCUCAGAGUGAAGUCCAAGAUCCUCCAGAUAUACUGUGCAGAAAUGCACUCCAAAGUGCCCAAGGAGUAUGUGACAUUACGAAGCGGGCAGACGGACAACUUCUCGGAGGUUUAUGGAUACAGGUUACAGAACCCCUUCGAGUGUCCCUUCAAUGGAAGCCGGAGGGCGGACUGCGCGUGCCGCGAUGACUACCCCUCGGCCGGGUACACGCUCUUCCACAAAGUCCGCCUGGACCUCAGCAGCAUGCACAUAAUAAUCACUGACCUGCGCUUCUCCCAGACCCCGCUGGGGAGGCCCGUGCCCUUCGCGACGGCAGGAGACUGCUACAGCGCCGCCAAGUGCCCGCAGGGCCAGUUCAGCAUCAACCUGAGCGGUACGGGUCUCAAAGUGUCAGAGGAGUCCAAGUGGACGUCUCGCGGACACUACGUCACGGCCAAAGUGCACAGGUCGGAGAAUGGGGCGCGAAUCUACGGCCGUUGCGGGGGCUUUUGCGGAAAGUGCGUCCCCCAGUCGCACGUGGGCCUCCUUGUCCGAGUCCAGUGAUGGGUGCAUUUCUGCGAGCGGGGAACAAAUUCCGGAAGAUUCCGCCAGGAAACCAGUCCCCUCGAUCCCCAGAAUUCAUCCCCCUCCUCAAGCGGCUUCGCGGCCCCUUCCGGCAGCUGCGUGCGCCCCCGAGGCCAUCGUCCCCGGCCCACAGCACGCGAGCCGCCUCCUCUCAAAACACCGUGGACUUCGGCCAGCUUUACAUCGCUGCCCUUCUACACUUAUGGUAACGGUUACCAAAUGCGUUUGUGCUCCGGCGUACAGGAAACACACUUGGGUUCCUUUGUUUAAGUGCAUCUCACUCUGUUUUAUUUAUUGCUCUCUUUUUGUUUGAAGGGACACGCAGAGUGACACCUGCACCCCGCGCUGUCGGUAGGGCUCUUGCCGUACAGACGCAAGUGUUACGCGUUCAUUGCAGCGUUCUUGCUCACAGUGUAUUUCGAUGUCGGAAAAGGAGCCCGUUGGUUGCGGAGCUGCGAACGCGGCGUUUUUCCGCGGUGCCGGCGCUCCCGGUUUCGUAUAGAGCUCCACAGACGCGCCUUGUCGCAAACGUCAAACAGGCCGACGGCUCCGCGGAGCUCCUACUGCUGUAUUACUGCAAUUUUACCGUACUGCUACACUACACAGCGGCCUUGGGCCAGUCCCCUUACGGCCGCUGAGCGAAAGACCAAACCGGCGAAAGCGAUCGUUGGAGAUGAAGUUCAGAAGAUCCGGGAGGUGAGAGGUUCGCCGGGAACCAAUCGUUUCGAUUAGACCGACGCGUCCGGCGAGGUGCGAAGGACGUUUGUCGGCGUUCUUUCUCGGGGCUCGGUCGCGUUGAGAAAGUUCGCGAGAGACGGCUCGCCCGACGCUGCGACGGAAGCCGUCCGGGGCGUUCGCCACGCCACCUAUCGCGUUCCGGUCCCGGGUGCCGCAGAGCCUACCUCUAACCCGCAAGCUUAUGUACAUAGUACGCUUCGCACCGUGUGUGUUAUGAUGCUCUAUUUAUACGUCUGACUCUAUUUAUUCUGUAAUGUCACGUAAGGCUGCCGCUUCAUAAGCCAUGUCCGUGCUCUAUGUUGCAUUAAAAGUAUUGUUUUUUCU